AUGUAUGGUGGCGUGUUGAUUGCUGUUCGUACCUCUUACCCCAGUGAUCGUAUCCUAGUUCCUGGCACAGACAAUGUCGAAAUGGUGUUGGUAAAAGUUCAACUUCAGGAUCAUUCGCUCUUUAUCUGUUGUAUCUAUAUUCCUUCUGGCUCCUCAGUACUGGUCUAUAACGAAUAUCGUGAUGCACUGGAGAAAGUAUUGAACUUUGUCGAUUUGGAUCUGAAUGACGAAAUGUGCGUCCUAGGUGAUUUCAAUCUCAGUCUUGUAGAUUGGGUGCCCGACACCCUCAACAGCCACGCCAACAGUGUUGACGACCUGAUGAAUGGCGAUGACGAGUCUUGUGAGCCUAAUGUGUUUCUACCAUCUGGGAUUGGUGAAGGAACGAAAGCUGAUAUAAUCUAUCUCAUGUUGAGCAGUGGUCUUCACCAAGUCAACGGCGAGCGCAACUUUUAUGGAGAUAUUCUGGACCUUGUUUUUUUCAGCAACCCCAAUGGGGCAAACGUUUCUAGGUGUCUUGAGCCUUUGAGUCGUGUUGACCUGUACCAUUAUCCCAUUGAGGUUAUCUUUUCCGCGGACGUAGUCGAUUGCGUUGAAUGUGAUGAGUCUUCUACUGAAUUUAACUUCAAGAAAGGUGACUUCUCCGGUCUGAACCGUUAUUUUGACUCUGUUGAUUGGAAUCAACUGAUGUUGAACGUUUCUGACGUGGAUGUCGCUGUUGAUUUGCUUUAUGAAACGCUUUUAGCCGGUUUCGAAAGAGGUGUCGCUAUUCUGCCAACUAUUGGAAAACUGUUCGAAGCCGUCGUAACUAAAAUCUUAACCGAGAAAUUUAAUCACGUGAUUUCGAAAUCUCAGCAUGGCUUUAUGAAACGAAGGUCUACAGCGACGAAUUUAGUGGAGUGUGUAAGUCAUGCGACUAAAGUCAUGGAGUCUAAACAUCAGCUAGAUGUCAUUUACACUGAUUUCCAAAAAGCUUUUGACCGAGUUAAGCAUUCAAUUCUUUUAUUCAAAUUGAAGAAGUUUGGAGUUCAUUCUGAGUUGUUGGCGUGGAUUGCGUCUUAUCUAAGCGGACGUACACAGUUCGUAAAGUUGUCUGGGUGGUCAUCUAUGACUUUUAAUGUGACGUCUGGCGUUCCUCAAGGUAGCCAUCUUGGCCCUCUUCUGUUCAUAUUGUUCAUGAACGAUGUCACGAAAGUUUUUUCUUCCUCUACUCAUCUGUUGUAUGCAGACGAUUUGAAGAUCUUCAAAGUGAUCAAAACUGUACUUGAUGCUACUGCUCUUCAGAGAGAUUUGAACAGGUUCUUACGGUGGUGCGAAGUCAACCAGCUUUAUUUAAACGUAAGAAAAUGCAAUGUGAUGUCUUUCACUCGCAAAAGGUCAAAGAUUGAAUUCAAUUACUCUAUCAACGAUACUGUGGUGACUCGCUUGAAACUGGUGAAAGACUUAGGAGUUCUCAUGGAUGAAAAACUGACCUUUGGUAAACACGUCGAAUACGUAAUCGCUAAGUCUUAUUCGAUGCUCGGUUUUGUCAUCAGGACUUGUAAGGAGUUUAAGAAUGUCAAAACCUUGAAGAGUUUAUAUUUCGCACAUGUGCGUUCGUAUCUGGAAUAUGCUUCGGUCGUUUGGCACCCGUAUCAAGAAACUUUCAUUGAUAGGAUUGAAUCGAUUCAGAAGAAGUUUUUGAUGUUUGCACUCAGACGAUCAGUGAGACGUGACGAGAACUAUAAACUUCCACCUUACAUUGACAGAUGUUGCUCCAUCGACAUUGAACCGCUUGCUAGACGCAGGAUAAAUGCCUGUGCAUUGUUUACUUUUGACCUUUUAAGUGGUGGUCUUGAUUCAUUUGAAAUAACGAGAAGAAUUACUCUAAAUCCUCGUCCCACUCGAGCUGACGAUCUACUCAUUGUCGAUGAACACAGGACUAACUUUGGUUUCAGGGUAUGCCGCGGAACUCAUUCAAAACGACUGUUAGAAUGUUGAAGAUUCCAAUCAAAUUGAAUGGUAAGAUCAAAAUGUCAUGACUGAUUUCAUUUCACU